AUGUUCUGGGCAUUCUACACGUUGAAGAGAAACCUGCUGGAUAGAAACCUCUGCGUCAUAAUAGGCAGGCCGUUCACUAUCCCCGACGAAGCCAUCCACACGCCGCUGCGAGAGCUCUCGGAAGGUGUCGGCGGCAGCCGGGCUCCGGCACUACACUUGAUUAAGCACCGCAGGCUCGAGUCCGAGAUGCUUGAAACCCGGAACCGCCACAGAACGGCGCGUCGGUCGACAUCGUUGCUUGGAGGGACGGCAUGA